AAAGUUUCAAUUUCAGGAAGAAGACGCUGAGUUACCUAAAAUAAACACACCAAAAGAAGAACAAAAUCAGAGUUAUAGACGAAGAAAGUUUCUUUCGAAUUUUUAAAUUAAAAAUAUGUUAUUCCAAUAGAAUAGAAAUAAAAUGGAAGUUUUAUAGCUCAUCGAAAUGUCAACGUUUGCAGUAAGAUUGGUAGAAGUGAUUGGUUUAAGAGGAAGAUAUGAUCGAAUUGCCAAACUUAUUUUUCGAGAUAAAUCAUAUACUACAGAUGUCUAUGAGUUUUGUUAUGAUGCAGAGUGGGAUGAGGAAUUUGACUGGAAAGUUACGGGCUCUCUUAAGCCAAGCGAUUUUGUUGAAAUACAGAUAAUGAAUUAUAAUCGCAUUCUAAGAAGCAGAGUGAUUGCCAAAUACCAAAUGUAUCUAAAGCGUCUCAUAGAUGAGCCAUGGAUCAGCAUAACUGAAAACUUAGUAGAUACCAACAGCACUGUUUUAAAUUCAACAAUAUCUCUGGAGGUCAUGUUUGUAGAGGAAUUCCCACGAGAAACAACAUUUGAAUCUUUUCACCCUGUAGAAGAAAAAAUGAGAGUAUUAGAGGAUUGGGAAUUAGAAUCUAACCGAUCUAAACGAAGAGGUUCCAAAUUUAGCCUCACAAGUAGUUUAAAGAGAAAGUUUGGUUCCUUUGGCUCUAUGACAAGUAGCAAGCGAGCUGCGCUGAUGGAAAUGGGAGUUUUAGGAGGAAAAGAUGAAACUCCAGCUGAGGGGGAAGAAAAGAAAGUAAAAUUAAGUGAAAAGAAAGAGAAAAAGAAAGUGAAAGAACAAUUCAAUUUACAUCCGAAAGUGCGGGUUACAAUGAAGCCACAACGCCAAGAGUUAGAUUUUAAUGUACAAAUCAGAUUGAUCGAAGGGAAACAACUAGCUGGCACUCAACUUGAUCCUGUGUGUGAUAUCAUUUGUUUUGGCGAAAAGAAAAGUUCACAAACUAAAGAACAGACAAAUAUACCAUUUUGGGAUGAAUUUUUCGUGUUUGACACCGUUGGACAACAAGACAUUGUUUUUGAUGAAAUCAUUGAAUUUCGGGUCUAUUCAGGAAGAAAUCUCAUCUCAAAAGGCAGCUUGCUUGGCACUUUUAAGAUCGACUUAGGUACAAUAUACUACCAACCUGAUCAUCGAUUUAUUCGCAAGUAUGCAUGUCUAACGAAUCCGGACGAAACGUUAGGAGCAAGUGGAGCUGGAAUCAAGGGCUAUCUUAAACUGGACAUAACUGUUCUAGCUCGGGGAGAUCCUGUCAAGGAACCUCCAAGUUUGAAGGAUGGAGAUGAUGAUGUUGACGAAAAUCCCCUGUUACCGGAAAAUGUAAAACCAGAAAGACUUCGACAGAGAUUAUGUGUCAGGAUAUAUAAGGCAGAGGGCUUACCAAAAAUGAAUUCUGGAAUACUUGCAAAUGUUCGAAAACAAUUCACAGGUGAAUCAAAGAUUCGCGACCUGGCCGAUCCUUUUGUUGCUGUUCAAUAUGCUGGGAUGGAGGCAUCAACAAGCGUGAAGCAGUUUAGUUAUGAUCCUGAGUGGGUGGAAGAAAUAAUUUUUUGUGAUUUAUUCCCUUCACUUUGUCGAAGAAUAAAGAUCCAAUUAAAAGACAAAGAUGUGACUAAAGACGAAACGGUUGGGACAUUAUGGAUUGAUAUGUCUGAAAUAUCUAAUGAUGGUUGUAACAUUCACAAGUUCAGUUUAAAUGCUGGCUUUAUGCCGACCUUUGGACCAACUUGGGUUAAUUUAUAUGGCUCGACACGUGAUUAUUUAUUUAUUGAUCAAAACAACUUCUUAAAUGAAGGAAUGGAGGAAGGAAUUGGUUAUCGGGGUCGUUUGUUGAUUUCUAUUCAAACGGAAGAAGGCGAGUCUGCGUCAGAUGAACAAAUUUCAAAUAUCGAGGUGAAAGGUGCAGCACCAGUGUCUGAUGUUGUUGGCGGGAAAGAAGAAAACUUUCAACUGUUUUGUUGUAUCUACGAAGCCAGUAUGAUCAAUCGAAAAGCUGCCAGUAAACCUAUUCAGUUUGAAAUGAAUAUAGGUAACUUCGGUAAUACCUUUGACGGGAAAAUGCUAUCUUCAAAAGAUGAUGACGAUGAGGAAGAUGAGGAGGACAGAUUCGUUAAGCCUCUCACCACACCAGCCGAGGCGGAGAGUUUAGAUCGUGAAUACUUCAACAUGCCAUUUCAUGAAACGAAACCGUGCGUGCACAUUCGCUUCCCGUGGGAGGACCAACGGAAACGUCUCUAUUUACAGAAUAUUCUCCAUCAUUUUGUCACCAGCUUAGAAGAUUCCCUGGAUGAUGUGAGCGAGCGUAUCAAGAUUGAUGCUGAUGACACCUACGAAUAUUUACAAGACGCUCUUAAAGAAUUUCAAAAUACAUGCAACAAAGUGAUAGAGCAACUGAGCGGCAAAAUUUCUGGACCAAAAAAAGCAGGCAAAACAAAAUUGGAUAAGGAAAGAUUAGCAUUGUGCAUAUCGGAAACCAAGCAAAUGUUGGAUGAAGCCAAACAAUUAUUGACUGGAUUAAAAGACAAUAGUCGCAUCAACUCUAAUUAUAAUUAUGUGUUAACAUUUCGCGAUCGGAUUAAAAAGUUGAUGAAAGAGCCUCAAACAGCAUUUCCCGAUACGUUUUUAUGGUUGCUUUCUGGUGGGAAACGUAUAAGUUACGUGCGCAUUCCUCCUCAUCAAAUCAUGUAUUCUACAGUACCUCAUGAAUGUGGACGAGAUUCAGGAAAAAUCCAGACAUAUUGUCUCACGCUUCCAGGUAAAAGUGGCUUGGGUGAGAACGGCUGGGCGAUUCACUGCAAAUUAACAUGUUUGCUAUGGCUUGGAAUGUUAAAGAACAAAAAAGAUAUGUUAAUUGGCGCGCCAGAAGGAUACGAACUGCCAAAAGGACUUGCGAAAACCACCGCGCCUCCGCCCAUGGAGUUGACCUACACAAUCAAGCAGAAGUUCAUCUUACGAGCACAUAUGUAUCAAGCACGUGGAUUGAUUGGUAGUGACGACUCAGGACUGUCAGAUGCAUUUGGUCGAGUGAUUUUCAACGACCAAGCAGCUGACACAAGUGUGAUAUGGGAGACUAGAAGUCCCACGUGGAAUCAGACGUUGAUGUUUUACGACUUAAUUAUAUGGGGAGAUAUGGAAGCUAUUGUUGAAAACCCGCCUACCAUAAUGGCGGAAAUUUUCGAUUUUGAUGAAGGGGGUGAAAUUGAAUUCAUCGGUCGUGCCAUGGCUCGACCGCUUGUGAAGCGUGCGGAGGACCCAUACGAGAAACCAUUAUUCCCGCCAAAACUGGAAUGGUUUCAAAUUUAUCGGGGCGACAGCACUGCAGGUGAACUUCUCGCCGCCUUCGAGCUGUUCCAAAUAAAUGAAGAAGAGGAUGGAGAGUCGAACAUGCCACCUGAUCCCGUUGAAAUGGACGACGAAGUUAACGGCGGAACAUUUUACGCCGUACCGGAUGAUAUCAGACCGGUAAUGGCGAAACAUCGGAUCGAGUGCUUGUUUUGGGGCGUCCGGGAAAUGAAGAAGAUCAAUUUGCAGGCUGUCGAUCGACCGCAAGUUGAAUUCGAUUGCGUCGGAGAAUCCGUGAAGUCACCAUACAUAGCAUCUGCGAAGAAAAAUCCCAACUUUCCUGAACCGUGGGCAUACUUUGAUCUGCUCUUACCAGAAGAAGACCGCUAUUGUCCUCCACUGACGAUAUCGGUUCGUGACACACGUAUGUUUGGUAAAGAAAUCUUGGUUGGAACUUGCAUUGUGAACUCACUGUUAAAAUAUCUACAGGAUAGCUCUGCGUACGUAGAUGUAGAAGAGGGAGGCGGUGAUGAAGAAGUUGCGGAAGUUGCUGAAGGUGAAGGAGAGGCAGGUGAAGAAACUGCUGAAGGUGAUGAAGAAGGUCAAGAGAACCAAGGAUUCGAAGGCGAGGAGGGAGCACUUAUUCCAGCGUCGCGGCGACCAUCUCUCGCUCUGUCAAACCCAGUCUCAAUCCUUUCCAAGAGAAAAUCAAGGGCGCCGUCACUUGCACCCAGUAAAGCUGUCUCCUUUGCUCCAAGUUUAAUUGCCCCUUCAGUACUUGCAAGGUCGCAAAAGGCAACACCAGCUAAAUCGAUACUUGCUUCUAAGAAGGGUACACCAACCAAAAGUCCUGCGCACAUAAUGACAAUCGAUGGAACCCCUGUAAAAAUAUCAAGGCAUGGUACCCCGGUUAAAAUGAGCCAAAAGGAAAUAGCGAUGGCGGCUAGGAGAACUACCCAUAAUCCAAAUCUUCAUUCUCGAAUACAUACACCAGUUAAAUCACCCAAUGCACCAUUAAGGAAAGGGAGUCAACAAUCCAGUACGAUUCACUACCAUAUAGUAUCUAACCCCGGUAAACUAAGCGACACUCCUCUCAAAAAAAUUUUUACUCCUAAAAGAAAAUCGAAACAAAACACGCCUGCGAAAUCCGUUACUGACUCAAUGGCAAAUAUCGGAAAAGCAAGCAGCACAAAUGUUACUCCUUUUAAAUCCUUGAUGGAGAAAAUAGCAACUCCAACAAAAUCAAUCGGUGAGAAUAGUCCUUUACUGGGAGAUGUCCAAGCUGAUAGUCCUGCACGUAGUUUCCAUGGUUCGGCAAUAAUAGAAGAAGAAGUUGUUGAGUCUCCGGGAAAGAAGUCAAUAAUGGAACAAAUUGCAACUCCAAUCAAAGCUCUCGGUAGCAAGUUAGCUACUCCAGUGAGAAGUCUUACAGGUUCUAAGGCUGGCUCCCAAGGCGGAUCCAAACACGGAGAGGGAAACGAAGCAUCAGAGGAUAUAGAUGAUCUAGCUGUUGGUGCUGAAGCAGCUGAUUUCAUGACUGAUGAAGAAGGAAUGGAAGGUGGUAAUGAAGGGGAUGCGGGAGUGGAAGAAGAACAAGCAGAAGGUGACGGGGCUGAGGGUGCCGAAGGUGAAACUGCAGAAGGUGAGCCUGGUACUGGUGAAGAAGAAACAAAACCUGAGGAAGCCCCUGCUCCUGUUGCUCAACAACCGAUCCCUGGAUUAGAUGAUGAUGAAGAAGAAGAGGAAGAAGAGAAAGAAGAAAUGAAAGUGAUCAUGGUCGGUGAAGAAGAGUUAAAAGCUCAACAAGAAGCACUUGAAGAAGAGGCUGAAAAUGAAGAAGAAGAGGAUGAUGGAGGAGGAGAGGAGGGGGAAGAUGAAGAUGAAGAUCAAAUUGACUGGUGGUCUCGUUUCUAUGAAACAGUGAAAGAUGAUGAGCGCGCAGAGGAGGAACGGCAAGCACGUAUCAAGAAAAAGAAGAAGGCUGAAGCGAAGAAGGGGAAGAAGACGGUCACACUUGAAGCUGAAGAAGGCGAAGAAGAAGAGGAAGACAUACCUGUUGGAAAGAAGAAAAUUAUCAAUCCAAGAAUUAUCAGGAUGAAGAUUUACAAGACGGAACUUGAGGAAGCGCCAGCAUUCGAUGGAUUCAACGAUGUCGUUCAUUCGUUCACGUUGUUGAGAGGGAAGAGUAAUGGAAAUGAUGAUGAUGACGAGAGCAGAAUUUAUGGGAAAUUUAAGGGUGCAAUAAAAGUUUGGAAGUAUCCACUACCCGCAUUGUUUGACGACGAAAACGUUACACUUGGAUCUUUUAAAAUGCUGCCUACAAUGGAUCCUGUGAAUUUGUUAUGUCGUGUUUACGUUGUCAAGGCCAUUGAUCUUCACCCAACAGAUCUCGAUGGAAAGGCUGAUCCGUAUGUUAAAGUGCAGGUUGGGAAACAGAUCAUCAAGGAUAGAGAUAAUUAUGUUCCUAAGCAACUAAACCCCUCGUUUGGAAGAGUGUUUGAUUUCGAAGUGACCAUACCGCACUGCAACAUGUUAACCAUCGGUGUCUAUGACUAUGAUUUGGUAGGCUCUGAUGAUUUGAUCGGUGAAACGAAGAUCGACAUUGAAAAUCGCUUCUUUUCCCGUCAUCGUGCUACCUGUGGCAUGUCUACGCAAUAUGCAAUAGCUGGCUUUAACAAGUGGAGAGAUCCGAUCAAACCAACUGCCAUUUUGCAGCGGUUGUGCAAGGACCACAAACUCGACGGCCCGCACUUUCAACCUGGCAAAUGUCGAAUAGACAAGUGGGUUUUCUGUGCGCAAGAAUUUAUUGAUGACGAUAACGGAAAUCCAAAACAGUCAGACGAGCCAAGUGCUUUAAAAGCCUUACACAAUUUCCAAAUGAUUGAGGGGAAGGGCUACCCCCUUGUGCCGGAGCAUGUAGAAACCAGGUCCCUAUUAUCACCAGAAAUGCCUGGCAUCGAACAGGGGCGUGUCCAACUAUGGGUGGAUUUGUUUGACAUGGAUGGACCCUCACCUGGAGUGAAUGUUGACAUUACUCCAAGAAAACCAACAUCUUACGAAUUGCGAGUUAUAAUUUGGAACACCGAAGACGUAAUUCUUGGGGAUAUUAAUAUUUUGACGGGCCAACCAUGCGCCGAUAUUUACGUCAAAGGUUGGAUUGAUGGAAUUAAAGACAACAAACAAACCACGGACGUACAUAACACUAGUUUAACUGGUGAAGGGAAUUUCAACUGGAGGUUUAUUUUUCCGUUCAAGUAUCACAAGGCUGAGGAGAAAGUUGUUAUUAUUAAAAAGGCGUCUCUGUUUUCUUGGGACACAUCAGAAGAGAAAAUGCCACCACGGUUGCUGCUGCAAUGCUGGGAUUCUGAUGCAUUAUCUUCCGAUGAUUUCAUUGGUGACGUGACUCUAAAUCUCACCAAUAUACCUCGCCCAUCUAAAACAGCUAUCCAAUGUAACAUCGAGACAAUGAACAAUGAAAACAAGGACUCGAUUUUUAAAAAGAAAAUGAUCAAAGGUUGGUGGCCUUUUAUAUUGAACACAGAAGAAUCAGAACCUGAACUAGUGGGUAAAGUGGAAGCGCAACUUGAACUGCUCUCAGAACAAGAGGCUGAGGAAGAUCCGGCGGGAUUGGGACGUAAGGAGCCAAACCCUCUGCCGUUUCCUGACCGCCCUGACGUCAUGAUGCAAUGGAUGAUGAAUCCCUUGAAAGCUCUGCGCUACUUCUUGUGGGAACAGUAUAAAUUUUGUUUGGCAAAAUUUGUCGUCAUAGGAAUAAUCUUCGCCAUUAUGGGAUUAUUUUUUUAUUCCAUGCCAGGAUAUAUAGUGAAGAAAUUAUUUGGGGCAUAAGUAGCAUAAGUUUAAAAGGGUUUAUCGUGAAGAAAUUGUUUGGAGCAUAAAAACCGUACUCCGUCGCAAUAAAGUUAAUUAUUAAUCCAACAAACAUCGAUACGCAUGAUUGGAAAUUUCCACGUUAGAAAAUCAGAUUUUCCAUCUCAAUUUGAUUGGUUAGAUACUCUAUCGUAGCGAAUAUUUAUCGUUAAUAAAUUGCUUAGAGCAUAGAAUCGGACCCUUGAAAAGUUGAUGAUUAGUUGAAGAAGUAUCGAUGCGUGUGAUUGGGUAAACUCUCAACCUUAGAGGACUAACUCCCAAGCUUAAUAACAUAAGUUAACCCUCCACCGUAGAGGGAAUGAAAACAAGAAGUACUAUAUUAAAACAAUGUCUUUCAAUAAGAAAAGUAAUUACAUAUCACCAUGACAACAACGUAGCCGUUGAUUGGCUAGACACGACUAAUAAUAUGUAAAUAUCAUAUAUAUAUUUUUAAAAAAUUAUUCAAGUGCGUGAAAAAGAACAUAAAAA